AUCGGGUGUUGGAUGAAAUCAAUUUUGUUUAAUGCCUUUACUUUCAAACAGAUAGCCUAUUUUUUUUGUCUCUAAUGUCAAAUAAGCCUCUCGAUACAACCAUAAAGAAGGCAGGGCCCAGUAAGCCCUCAGCUAUAUCAAAACAAGUACUUAAAACAACACCUAUUCCUCAGCCUGUGAAAUCUUCGUCUUCUACUCCAAGCAAUGUCUAUGCUACUAAUUAUCCAACCCAAGAUACCCCCAGAGGAAAAGCAACACAACCUCUUCGAAGCACAAAAGUAUCUCAAAAACUUGUACUCUUUCCACAAUCCGAUGAUGCUGAGGCCACGAUGCAAGCCACCUUACCUGUUGACAGCACCGAUCAUGUCUUGCCCCAACGUCGUAAAUCCUCUGCUUCUUUUGAACGGCCUUGGCAGCCCAUUGACCAGCCAACUACACCUACAGCAGCUGCCGGUCUUCCUUUACCUAUUGAAUGGACUUUUGACACGCGCACACCGGCUGAGAGAAUGACCAAAGAUGAGCGUGAUUUAGCUGGGUUGCCUCGUGCAGCAGCCUACUGCACGGGCGAAGGAUAUGAUCUCACACGUCUUCGUCCGUUCCUGCGUGAGCAUCAUCGUGCCUUUCCUCGUUUGUACGACGAAUGCCUAUAUGCAGCCUAUCACUUCCCUCUUCGCACUUUACGUCCUGGCAAGGAUAACCUGCAUAACGUUAGAGUACAGAGUAACGUGCCAAAAGUGUCAGUUGGCAGUAGACAGAACACGAUGGAUGAAGAAUAUAUGGACUAUGAAGAAGACCAUUACCGAUCUGAGGAGCCUAUUGUUAUUCAGCCACGAGAGGGUGAUCCUUACACUGAUUACUUUCACAGACAAAAAGGAGUGCACUAUGAUCAACCCGAAGAUCAGCAACCACUGAUUGAACACAGAGAAAAAGACGAUGAUACGUAUGAGGAGCCAAGUGCUCAGGAUGAAGAAAACUUAUACAAUGACAGCACUGCUCAUGAUGACAGCAGUAGUAAUAACAGACCCGAUAUGGAUUCAGAAAACAAUAAGCCAAAUGAAGAUCAGGCAACAAAACCUCGCGAGUUGUUCAAAGGAGGUGAAGUGUUCAUAUUUGAUUAUGGUGUUGUCGUAUUCUGGAAUUUCCGUCGUGCCGAGGAGCUGCUUAUGUUGGAAGACUUUAUGCAGUUCUCCAUUGAACCUUUUAGGGAUAAUCCAGAUGAGGAUAUGCAGAUAGAGGAAAUACAUUUCCAAUAUGAUACAUCGCAAAUGAAGCCUAGAAUAUUUAAUGACAUGAUUACACUCAAAAGUAGUAAUCAUAUGAUCAAAUUAACCUUAUCUCAUGGCCUUUCGCAAAGUGCUGUAGUGGCAAGGUAUGAAGAUAUUAUGGAUAAGACAAUUGACGAAACCAAACAUCUACCAAAAGAAAUGGCAGAAACUGGACGAUUGGGCAAAACCCGUACAGAGAUAACAAAGAUUAACGGUCAAUUAUUUAACCUUAGAAUGAACGUUAACCUUGUUUCUAAUGUCCUAGAUACGCCUGAAAUCUUUUGGUCUGAACCUGCUCUAGAGCCAAUGUAUACGGCCAUAAGAGAAUAUUUAGAAAUACCCCAACGCGCAAAAAUCCUAAAUGAUCGUUUGCGCGUGAUCUCUGAUUUGUUGUCUAUGUUGAGAGAUCAUCUAACAAAUUUUGGCGUAGAAUAUCAAACAUUGAUCAUUAUUUAUCUUAUUAUUGUUGCUGUCAUCGUUGCAUGUUUUGAAAUUGCUGUCAAGAUAUUACAAUCUCUUAAUGUAGUAUAAAAAUUUCUUUCUUCAUUACUCUUUCACUAAAAUAAACUCUACAUUUUUAAACAUGUGUUGUGCAAUGGAGAAAAAUCAAUAAUGUUAUACUGAGGGUAACUCAUAAUUGUUU